AUGUUCUUCUCCCUACCUCCCAUCGCAGUGCAGUCCCCUUUCCCUACUCCUACGCUCAUCCGUUGUGCCUCCUUCUCAAUCCCGCACUCAUCCUUUUCCCUCAUGCGCUAUUGUUCUAUUCACCCUUUCCUCUCCUGUCCCCCAUUGCAGGGCGGUCCCAUUUUCCCUCUCCUCCUCUCACCCGUUGUGACACUGUCCCAAUCUCGCUCUCAUCCUACUGCUCCCUUGAACCACCAUCCCUUUCCCUCUUUCUUCUCCCUACCUCCCAUCACAGCGCAGUCCCCUUUCCCUACUCCUACGCUCAUCCGUUGUGCCUCCUUCCCAAUCCCGCUCUCAUCCUUUUCCCUCAUGCGCUAUUGUUCUAUUCACCCUUUCCUCUCCUGUCCCCCAUUGCAGGGCGGUCCCAUUUUCCCUCUCCUCCUCUCACCCCUUGUGACACUGUCCCAAUCCCGCUCUCAUCCUACUGCUCCCUUGAACCAACAUCCCUUUCCCUCUUUCUUCUCCCUACCUCCCUUCGCAGGGCAGUCCCCUUUCCCUUCUCCUACGCUCAUCCGUUGUGCCUCCGUCCCAAUCCCGCUCUCAUCCUUUCCUCCCCACCAGUCCCGUGAGUCCCAUUUGCUCUCUCCUCCUCUAACCCCUUGUGACACCGUCCCAAUCCCUCUCUCAUCCUACUGCACCCUUGCACCACCAUCCCUUCCCCUCUUUCUUCUCCCUACCUCCCUUCGCAGGGCAGUCCCCUUUCCCUACUCCAACGCUCAUCCGAGCGUACUGGGCACGGACGUUGAGGAUGCUGCCGUUUUUGUGCUGGAGGAGGACAUGUUGCCCAUCCCUGAGGAGGACGAGGGUGAGGAGGUAGAAGAGGACGAUGCAGAAGCCCUCGAUGAUCAGAUACAGCCAAGCAGCACCCCUGCCAGGGUGGGCGCGACUCAGGAUGAGGCGCGCGUUCACGGGUUGGAUGAGGCUGAGCACGUUGCUGUCACUGAAGAGCAUGCGGAGGUACCAGUCGGUGCGCCGCAGGAUGAGGGCGACACGGUUGGGGUGGGGGGCGCAGAUUCCACUGCUGGGGAGGCCGUGCAUGAGGAGUCAAGCCCAGCCAGGGUGGAUACGUCUCAGGAUGAGGCGUGCGUUCACGGGUUGGAUGAGGCUGCGCAUGUCGCUGUCCCCGAAAAGCACGCGGCGGUACCAGUCGGUGCGCCGCAUGAUGACCGCGACACGGUUGGGGUGGGGGGCGCAGAUUCCACUGCUGGGGAAGCCGUGCAUGAGGAGUCUACCCCUGCCAGGUAA